AUGAAAUCCAUUACCACUUUUCUCGUGGCUUCAGCGACCGUGAUGGGCGCGAUGGCUGUGCCUGGUGACUACCACAAGCGCCAUGACAAGCGCACAACCAUCACCUCCAGCUCAACCGGCACCAGCGGAGGGUAUUAUUACUCAUUCUGGACCAAUGGUGGUGGUACCGUUGACUAUACCAACGGCAACCUGGGCGAGUACAGCGUCACCUGGGAAGACUGCGGCGACUUUACCUCUGGCAAGGGAUGGUCAACUGGCAGUGCCCGUGACAUCACUUUCGAAGGAACGUUCAGCCCUUCAGGAAACGCAUAUCUUUCCGUCUAUGGCUGGACAACCAGCCCCCUAGUCGAGUACUACAUACUUGAGAACUACGGCGAUUACAACCCUGGUAGUUCCAUGACUUACAAAGGAACUGUUACCAGUGAUGGAUCGGUUUAUGAUAUCUAUGAGCACCAGCAGGUGGAUCAGCCAUCUGUUAGUGGUACUGCUACCUUUAAUCAAUACUGGUCGAUUCGUCGGAGUACUCGGUCUAGUGGUACCGUCACCACCGCGAAUCAUUUCAAUGCUUGGGCGGAUCUUGGAAUGGAUCUUGGUACGACAUUUAACUACCAAAUUGUUUCUACUGAGGGUUAUGAAAGCAGUGGAUCUUCUACCAUUACUGUGUCUUGA